CGUCCAGCCCCUCCAUUCAUGCCCAGCCCCCUCCCUGGUGCUGGAGCCGAGGAGGAGACGGAGCGGCGAGCGGGCACAAAGCGGCAGCGAUGUAUGGUGUGUGUGGCUGCUGUGGAGCGCUGCGUCCUCGCUACAAAAGACUCGUGGACAAUAUCUUCCCGGAGGAUUCAGAGGAUGGUCUGGUCAAAGCGAACAUGGAGAAGUUGACCUUCUACGCACUUUCAGCCCCAGAAAAACUGGAUCGCAUUGGUGCCUACCUCUCGGAGCGGCUCAGCAGGGAUGUGUCCAGGCACCGCUAUGGCUACGUCUGCAUCGCCAUGGAGGCCCUGGACCAGCUCCUCAUGGCCUGUCAUUGCCAAAGUAUUAACCUGUUCGUGGAGAGUUUUCUGAAGAUGGUGGCCAAACUGCUGGAGUCCGAGAAGCCAAACCUCCAGAUCCUGGGGACGAAUUCUUUUGUUAAGUUUGCCAACAUAGAAGAGGACACCCCGUCCUACCACCGCAGCUACGACUUCUUUGUGUCCCGCUUCAGCGAGAUGUGUCACUCUAGCUAUGAAGAUAUGGAGAUCAGGACAAAGAUCCGGAUGGCAGGAAUUAAAGGUCUUCAGGGAGUUGUCAGGAAGACGGUGAACGAUGAGCUUCAGGCCAAUAUCUGGGAUCCUCAGCACAUGGAUAAGAUUGUGCCGUCAUUACUGUAUAACCUCCAGAACAUUGAAGAAACAGAAAGUCGGUCGCCAUCGCCACUGCAGGGCACGGACAAGGAGAAAGAAAGCCCAGCAGAACUGGCCGAGCGAUGUCUGCGGGAACUACUGGGCAGGGCGGCCUAUGGGAACAUCAAGAACGCCAUCAAGCCUGUACUCAUGCACCUUGAUAACCAUUCCCUCUGGGAGCCCAAGGUCUUCGCCAUACAAUGUUUUAAGAUCAUCAUGUAUUCAAUACAGCCGCAGCAUUCACACCUGGUGAUACAGCAACUAUUGAGCCACCUGGAUGCUAACAGUAAAAGUGCCGCCACUGUCCGGGCUGGAAUCGUUGAGGUCCUGUCUGAAGCCGCCGUCAUUGCAGCCACUGGAUCUGUGGGGCCCACGGUGCUGGAAGUGUUUAACACGUUGCUCAGACAGCUGCGGCUGAGUAUUGACUAUGAGCUGACCGGCAGCUACGACUCCGCUGUCAACAUUGGGUCCAAGAUUAUCAAAGAACAUGAGGAGAGAAUGUUCCAGGAGGCCGUCAUCAAGACCAUAGGAUCAUUUGCCAGCACGUUGCCUGCAUACCAGAGGUUCGGAGGUUCAUGACUGUUUAUAAUGGGGAAAGUGCCGCUUCCUUCAAUGCAUCAUCCAAUGCGAGCCUUUAAAACCCAGAACAGGAACCGUCUGAUGCAGAUCAUGCUGCUGAAAUCCGUACUACAGGUGUCCCUGGGAUUCCAGUGCAGUAACAUGCUGACCGCCUUACCCAGCUCCUUCCUGGACCCGCUGCUUUCCUCCGCCCUGAUGGAAGACGCCGAGUUGAGACUGUUCGUCUUGGAGAUUCUUGUCUCAUUGAUUGAUCGCCAUGACAGCAGACACAAGUUUUCGACCAUCAGUACCGUGCCGGACAUCGCUGUAUUAAAGCUCAAAGUGGACAAGUGUUCCAGACAAGAUACUCUCUUCAUGAAGAAGCACUCGCAGCAGUUGUACCGGCACAUCUACCUGAGCUGCAAUGACCCCUGCAACGUCCAGGCUCACUACGAAGCUCUGUACGCUCUACUGGUGAUGAUCAGCAUCGAACUGGCCAACGAGGAAGUGGUGGUGGAUCUCAUCCGCCUGGUCUUAGCCGUGCAGGAUCUGGCUCUGAAUAAUGAGGACAAUCUCCCCGCGUACAAUCGCUGUGCCCUCCAUGCCCUGUGUGCCGCUUAUCUGAACCUGAUCAGCCAGCUCACCACCGUACCCGCAUUCUGCCAGCACAUCAAUGAGGUGAUAGAAAUGAGAAAAAAGGAAGGCCCGUAUCUUCUUCCUGAAGACCUCUUCGUGGAGAAACCCAGGUGGUCGAAGAGUGUGGAUCAGAUCGACACCGAGCUGCUCUUCCUGCAGAGUAAAGUCAGUGAAGUGUUGGGAGGAAGCGGUUAUAAUUCGGAUAGGUUGAGCACUCCCUAUGUUCCUCAGCUGACAGAUGAAGACCGUUUGUCUAAAAGGAAGAGCAUCGGGGAGACGAUAUCUCUGCAGGUGGAAGUAGAGUCCAGGAACAGCCCGGAGAAAGAGGAGAGAGCUCCAGCCGAGGAGAUUACAUUUGAAACUCUGAAGAAAGCAAUCGUGGAUAGCGUGGCGGUGGAGGAACAGGAGCGCGAGCGCCGGCGGCAGGUGGUGGAGAAGUUCCAGAAGGCUCCGUUUGAGGAGAUUGCCGCACAUUGUGGAGCCAGGGCAUCUCUGUUACAGAGCAAACUGAACCAAAUCUUUGAGCUGACUAUACGUCCUCCACCGAGUCCCUCCGGAACAAUCACAGCCGCGUACGGCCAGCCCCAGAACCACUCCAUCCCCGUGUACGAGAUGAAAUUCCCCGAUCUGUGCGUCUAUUGAUCACCCACCGAUCACAAGCUAUGACCUGUCCUGCUCUACAGCAUGAUCCUCUGUCUUUCUGAGAGACCCGCAGUACUGAGACGCUCCACCAGGGGUCAACCUCUUCUUCCAGUCACAUCUCGUGCCAGGUCAUGUCCAGAUAUAAUGUUCUGUUUGCACUAAAACCUAUGGACGUUCUCUCCGUGCGUUCUGCUGCAUCGUUCUUGCGUGAAUUCCUGUACAGCCUGAGAGAUUUACCUUUAUGAUUGAGACAAUCCCUUUAAAUGUUUGUUUGUCAGCUCAGUGCACCACAACCCUCACCAUGGUCCAUGCCUGCAUGGAGACUAGUGCAGUGAUAUGACUGUGGUGUCCUAUUCCCUGUGUCUGAGGAACCACCAUAAGAAGUGUCUAAGGACCCCGGUGCUUGGACUGACUAAGGCUUAGUAGACCGGUGGGCGUGGAUUGUGGAGUGUGAAGAAUUUCUCCAUGAAGUUAAGGCGUCCAGAUUUCUUCGAGUUGCUUCAGUUUGUUGUCUCAUUAGUAUAGCCAACGAUCUUAUUAUCUUCCUGGGUUCUGCAUCUGAAAGGUUUGCCGGGAGCCGUAGGCGGCUCAUUCAUGGCCUGGAAUGAAUGGAUUGUAUAACGUUUAUUAACGGGAGAACGACCUUGGAGAUACAAAGUCAGAAGGUUCUCAAGAUCUCAUCAUCUCCACCAUCUGAUGCAACAUUAUAUACAUACCUUACCAGGGAAAUUAAGCAAUUGUUGACAUUUAAAGGGGUUUGUAGGUGCAACUAUGUCGGUGCAACUAAAUUAGAGGGGAGGGGGCGGGUGUUAGUGGUUAAAAGUCCAAGUAAGACCAUGAAUGUAGGGAAGUAUGGACCGACAGGGUUAAGGUAUGAAGGAGGGGGUGAACUCAAGAAAUGAAUGUCCUUCUCCUCUAGGGAAGACCAAGAGUGUAGGGAAGUACUGUAUGGACAUACAGGGUCAAGAGAUGAAGAGAAGUGGGUGGGAGUGGUCCAAGGGAUGAAAAUCUCUCACCCAAGGAAAAAGACCAUGAGUGUAAGGAAGUAUGGACCUACAGGGUCAAUAGAUGGAGAGGUAGGGGGAGUCCAAGAGAUGAAAGUCUCUCACCCAAGGAAAAAGACCAUGAGUGUAAGGAAGUAUGGAGCUACAGGGUCAAGAGAUGGAGAGGUAGAGGGGUCCAAGGGAUGAAGGUCUCUCACCCAAGAAAAAAGACCACGAGUGUAAGGAAGUAUGGAGCUACAGGGUCAAGAGAUGGAGAGGUAGGGGGGUCCAAGGGAUGAAAGUCUCUCACCCAAGGAAGAAGACCAUGAGUGUAGGAAAUUGUGGACCUACAGGGUUAAGAAUUAAACAUAGCACCCAAUUACUAACAUGUAUUUGGGCCACCUCCUUCAUGAUAUAUCCAACAAAUACAUGGUCGUCACCCAGUGUGGAGCUGAGGUCCACCAGUGGAACUGAUUUUAGGGGCACACACCCUAUCUGGCCUGAGUACAUUCUGUUGUUGUUAUCGCAUCAUUCAAUAGGUUAUUUGAACUUGUUGAAUAGAUCCUGGUGGCAAAGUCUGGUCCAGAUGAAGUUGUCUUCGGCUGGACCUUGGGGCCCUUUUUUUGUGGGCGCAUUUGGGGUUAAAUCUAGCUCCUUUCUUAGAGUGCAAUAUCUUGUGUUCUAUCUUGAGGCGUGGUUCGGCAGUUGUCACAUACAUAGUUACUUAUUGUGUACUGACCUUGAAUUACAGCCUGUAUUAUACUUAGAGCUGCUUUCACCAUUCUGCAGGCUUCAGAGCUGAACUCUCCCAGAAUUCCCUGCUGGUUCAGUGUCUGCACAGAUCUUGCUCUUGUCAUUCUGGAAGGUGUCAUCUUUACACCAGGCACUGUACAGUCAUCUGAUGUAGAUAAAACAAACUGCUCCCAGCUUUCUUAAGGGGGGGGGGGGGGGGGGGGGUGCAUGUCUACCCACGCCUGCUGACCGUUUCCAUUAACAGCCAGCAGAAUUGUGAAUGCAGCUCUGGAGUAUAGGACAGGAAAUCAGUAAUGUGACUCACUUUUACAUAGAUUUUAUGUAUAUGAAAUGUAGCCGAUGAAAAAUUAGGGAUCGGGUAACCCUAUUCAGAUACUGGGAAAGAGAGAUCUCUGUCCCCUCCCAAGAUAAAAAGGAAAAGCAUUGAUUGCUGUGAUAUAGCGCCCCCUCUAGGAGGACCUUGGGUUCACAAGAUAUAUUGACGACAUUUUCCCAUCAGUACCACCCCUGUCCAUAUUCUCAAUUAGGGCAUAUAAAAUAUUUAUAGAGGAGGCUCUAUGAUUCGCCUAUAUGACGGGGGUCUUGGGGGGGGCGUCAUGGUGCAGGUCAGUGGCUCCCAUGUGAUAAGUCAGUGGGCUCUGAUAGAGACGUAUAGAGAAUAAAUAAAAGACCAAAGUUAGGAUUCGCUGCAUACGUGGCGUCUGUAUUCUACAUUGUGUGUGGUCCACGUUGUGCUGCCCCUCACACUACGGUUUUGUUGUAAAAACUAUGUUUUGUGUGAUUUUUCUUUUUCUUUUUUAGCUUUUUAGGCGGCCAUAGAUCAGAGACUGCAGUGUAAUCAGGAGACAGCAGGAACUGUGCAUUUCUUUGAAGCCUGGGUGACUCUGUGACUAAAUGAUAGCGCCGUAAAAAUGGCCUCCGCUACUACCCAGACCAAGAGGAGGACAAGGUCAGGAGCAGACAUAGGAAGAAAACAGCACAGGUGGCCAUAGCCAGUGUGAGGAGGACAAAGCAGGGGCCGUGCAUUACUGUGAAGCCUGGGUGACUCUGUGACCAGACAGUAGUGCAGAGCUGUCAAUCACUACACCUGCAAGCUCUCGGGAUAUAUCAGUUAAGUGGGCACCCCUUUUAAGUCGAAUGGACAAUUCCUUGAAGCUGGGUGCCACUGAUGUAGACCUGAGGAGGACUAGUGUGGUGGGAAGUAGAGAAGAUAUGGAGUCUUUUUACGUUUCUUAGUCCCUUCUUGGCAGUCAGUUGAGUAUGCCAGCGUUGUCCUUUCUACUAUACAGUAUAUGGUAUGACCCCUCCACCCACCCUUAGAGAAGGCAGACAGGCACCACAGACUUGACUUGACUUGACUCCUCCCACUGGACUUAAGUUUAAUGAGUCCGUUAGGCUGAGAUACUUCCUAAAGGGGGAAUCCGCUCCUUAUGGUUCCAUCUCGUAAGGGAGAAGAAGACUUUUAGGGGGAAGAUAUAGACAGGUGUAGACUAUCGGGGUAGGUGG